AUGCAUGUACAAGGCGUAAAACCUGAUGGAAAUUAUGGCUUUCGGGCGAUAGCUGUCUAUCUUGGUCUUCACGAAGAUGCAUGGGCAACUAUCCGAUAUAACCUAAUAGAAGAGUUGCACAUAUUCAGAACACAGUAUGUUGUAAUAUUUGGCUGUGAUGACCAGUGGACUCGUGUUUACAACUCACUGAACUUCUUUACAUUAGAUAGAGGAGCGCCGAUUGAGCAUUGGAUGACUAUGUCAGACAUGGAUCUCUUAAUUGCGUCAAAGUUCAAUGUGAUAUUACAAGUUUUAAGUGCUGCACAUAGCUUCACGUAUUUUCCACUUCUAUCUACUCCACCACCGUCGUAUCGACAUGUUGCUAUCGCUAUCGGGUACGUAAAUAAUAAUUACUACGUCCAGGUUGCAUUGACAGAGGGUUACCCAAUGCCUCCCAUUAUGCCUCAAUGGGUUCACUUCAGGCAUGAUUGUGCAACUACAUAG